AUGUUGAGCCUGCAUACAAAAAUUCUCUCGACAAUUCGUAGUUUUUUCUUAUGGUUGUUUAAUUUAAUUUUUGAAUUUGUUAGAUCAAAAGUAUAUUCACAGAAAAUUGUCUUUAAUUGUGUUUGGGAAGAUCCACUUUUGGAUAUUGAAGCUCUUGAAAUAAGUGAAAAAGAUAACAUAAUGGCAAUUACAUCAGCUGGUUGUAAUAUUUUAACGUAUGUGCUUCAAAAACCAAAUCAUAUUUAUGCCAUCGAUAUAAAUCCUUGUCAAAAUGCUAUUCUUCAACUUAAAAUAGCUUGUAUUAAAGAAUUAGAUUUUCCAACAUUCUGGGAAAUUUGGGGACAUGGUAAACUUCGUGGAUUUUCUACAAAUAUUUAUCCACGUUUAAGAAGGCACCUUUCACAAGAAGCAAAAAAUUUUUGGGAUUCUCAUAAACAUUAUUUUGAUGGAAAAAGCUUCCGAAAUAGUUUUUAUUGGCGAGGAUGCUCUGGUAUGUUCGCUUAUACAAUUGGUGUGUACAUGUGGUUGAUUGGUGUUUCAAAACAUGUAGAGAGAAUGUUUAAUGCUCAGACUAUUGAAGAACAGAAAACGAUUUAUGAAAAGUAUGUGCAGAGAAGGCUAUGGAAUCCUAUAAUUAACAAAUUUUUAUCUUCUCCAUUUAUUCUUUCACAUUUGACUGGAGUCCCAAGUGUACAACAAAACUUAAUGAAACAGCCAAUUGGAGAUUUUAUUAGAAAUUCUAUAAAUACUGUUUUUACUGAGUUACCAUUAAAAACGAAUUAUUUUUAUCGUGUUUAUGUUUAUGGUGAAUAUACAAAACAAUGUUGUCCUGAAUUUUUAAAAGAAGAAAAUUUCAACAAAUUAAAAGAUGGUUUGAUUGAUAGAAUUUCAAUUCAUACCACAACAAUUACGAAUUUCUUGAAAGAACAUCAGAAAAAAGAUAUUAGUAGAUUUGUUUUACUCGAUCACAUGGACUGGAUGGCACAAACACCAAAUACUUUGGCCGAAGAAUGGCAACAAAUUUUUAAUAAUUCAACUGAAAAUUGCCGUUAUAUUUGGAGAAGUGUGUCAUUAAACGCAAUGUUUGUUAAUAAUACUUCAAUAACAUAUAAAGGAAAAGCAACAACAGUAAAGGAAUUAAUAACCUACAAACAAAGUUUAGCAACCAAAUUACACAAAGUUGAUAGAGUGCAUAGUUACGUUGCAUUCUUUAUUGCUCAUCUUCAUAACUAA